ACAUGAAUUUAAAAAAUGAUUUUGUCAUAUGUUCAACAGCCUCCAACUAUGGCAAAUACCGCAACGUUGGUGCUUACGCUCAAGAUAAGGGUGCUGGAUACGAAAAGGCUUACCACUAUGACAAGAAGGCCGGACACCACGCCGUCUUGGCUGACCAUGGUGCACACGCUGCCAAAUACGGAGUCCAUGACAGACAAGCCCACCACAACCAAGGUGCUUAUGCUCAGGCCGGACAUGACAGACAUGGAGCCCAUGACAGAUACGGAGCUCAAGCCCACGGUGUUCGUGCCCAUGACAGUUCUGCCUACGGACGCCACAACAGCGGACACCAACAGAGCUACCUCCAUGGACCAGCAUACAAAUACUAAACAGCUCUCGGACAAGAUGACCCGGCCUCAGAAACGUUCUUUCUUCUGCUAUUCCGCCCCCUUAUUUAUUGCUUUUCUUUAUGUAUAAAAAAAUUCAAGAAAAUGACAAUAAAAAGUUAAAAAUCUAAAAA